AUGCUCCCGAGACAGUCUCUGUCGGGCUUUUUGGCCCUUGUCAAGGCGCCGAAAGUCAACGUCUGGGCACCCAUCUCCCCGGAUGACAACCUCGCUGUCUGGAAUCUACUCCAUGACCCGGCAACAGGUCUGAACCUCACAGAUCCCAACAAUGCUACGAUCACGGACAACUAUGUCUACUGGAUCGACACUCUUCAUACCAAUAAGUCCACUGUCCUCCCAUACCUCGGAGGCACUGCCAACCCGCCGCCAAAAUAUGCGCGAGUAGUUAUCUUCAGCGGCGGCCUGGAGAUCCCAGACUCCCAGGAGUACAUGGUCGGACCUCUCCCCGUUGGCAACGGAACCAAGGUGGAGAAACUCGACUACAUCUUCAACGGGGGCAGUGGCGGCAAGAUCCCGUAUAACAGCCGUUAUUUUGAUGGUCCCCGCUUGACAGCCACGGAGCCGCUUCUCAUGUCUGUCAUGAGCAACAUCACCGACAUUACAUCCGAACUCAUUGGUGGAGUUUAUUACGGCUUGAGUGAUAACCGGACUACGCUCACUUCCACCAGCGGCACGCCCCUCUCUUAUGAUGGCACCCAAGCAUUUCGCACGGUCAUGUUUAGAUAUCCCAACACAGCGACAUAUCUGACGCCCUUGGACUUCUUCGUCAUGCUAGACGUCACCGGCACAGAUGCUUCACAGUACAAACUGAGAGGUAUCGUGACGAAUGAGAAGUUCUUCCCUACGGUUGCUGUCCUGCGGUCUGCUUGGGAGGCAGGAGAGCUGAAGGAGCAGUUCAAGCAGAGCCGUACUACCGAUUGGGGUCUCCUGGAUCUCAAGCCUGAGAUGGGAGUCAGAGAUCUCGAGAACAAGCUAGCGCCUCAAAGUCUCGAGGUUGGCGGCAAGCGGUACAAGGUCGAUGAGGAACAGAAAUACAUCGAGUACAUGGGGUGGUCCUUUUACACAUCAUACUCGCGUACCCUUGGAUUAAUGUACUAUGAUAUCAAGUUCAAGGGCGAAAGGGUCAUCUACGAGCUCUCGCUGCAAGAGGCCGCGGCCCAGUACGCCGGAUUCACGCCCAAGGCUGCUGAAACAGUGUAUCACGACACGUACUACAGCCUUGGUACUGACCUGGGUACGCUGAUCGAGGGCUAUGACUGUCCUUUUGGCAGCACUUUCUGGAACGUCACGUACCACGAGGGCAACUCAUCUGUCGUGAACACGGAUGCGAUUUGCAUUUUCGAAGCCGAUGCUGGAUAUCCCGUAUCGCGUCACCGGUAUGGAAGUGGUAAUGAGUACGGGUUCAGCUAUCUGGGCACAGUCAAGGCUUCGGCUUUGACUAUGCGAUCCGUGGCGACUGUUGGCAACUACGACUAUAUGUUUGAUUACUCAUUUCACGUUGACGGUAGUCUUGAGGUCACUGUCCGGGCAUCCGGCUUCCUACAGUCUUCAUUCUACUAUCCAGACCAGGAAGAGUUUGGGCCCAGAAUCCAGGAGGCUACCAUGGGAUCAUUGCACGACCAUAUACUGACCUACAAAGCCGACUUUGACAUUCUCGACACAAAGAACAGCCUCGAAGUAAGCGAGCUCGUAUUAGCCAAUACGAGCCAGCCUUGGUACCCAGAGCUCGGCUCUUUCGAGCAGAUGCAGCUCCAAAAGUCCACAAUGACGGACGAGCAACAGUUCAACUGGCAACCAAACAACGCGGCCAUGUACUGCAUCGUGAAACCUAACGCUACAAACGUUUGGGGGGAGAAGAGAGGCUACCGAAUCGUCCCCGGCAAGUCCAAUAUCCAUCUCACGCCGCUCAAUUCUCCUUGGACCAAGCACCAGACGCCGUUCGCCAAGUCACAUCUAGCGCUCUCGAGACAGCAUGACACGGAGCCGUACGCGAACAGUCACUCUAACGUCAACUUGCCCCUGAAGCCGCAGCAAGAUUUCAUGAAGUUCUUUGAUGGCGAGGUUGUCGAGAACGAGGACAUCGUUCUGUGGUUUAACCUGGGCAUGCAUCACUUCACCAGGUCCGAGGAUAUCCCCGUUACGCUUUAUAGCGAGGCUGUGAGCAGCAUUGUCUUUGCGCCGCAGAACUUCAAUGAUCGAGCGCAGGACGGCGAUUUGCAAAACAGGAGAUGGAUCGUUGUGAAUGAAACUACUGGCGAGCUCGAGUCGGACUCUUACGGAGUUGAGCUGCCUUCUGAAUGUGAAGUGGGCUUUUCCGAGCCUGUCCUUGAAAUCAAGAAGAACGGAGGAGCCUGA